AUCUAAACUAAUCUUGUGAUCUUAUGGGCUCCUUGAUCUAAGGCCGGCAUUGGCAAUGCUACAGCAUUGGUGCCCUCAAUGCUGCAGUGGAGUUUGGGCCCCCACUGCUCCAGGCUAACUCUCCAGCGUGCUGUGGGGACGAGGGCUGCAUUGUCAGAGACCAGAUACAACUUCAAGCGAUUUGAAUCUGUAGGAAUCAUAAUGGGAGGUGCAAUUGGCUUCAUCAAGUGCCUGAUGUUUUUCUUCAAUUUUCUGAUCUUUCUGGGUGGACUCUGCCUCCUCGGAACUGGUGCCUGGAUCACAGCAAACCCUGAUGGUUUCAAGUAUCUCGUAUCAUCGCACCCUCUUAUCUAUACCGGGGCAACAAUAAUACUGGUAGUGGGCCUGAUUCUCUUCCUGGUGGGAUUCCUAGGUUGCUGGGGAGCUAUCAGUGAGAGCAAAUGUCUUAUUAUGACUUUUUUCAUUCUGAUUCUGCUGAUCUUCCUGGUGGAGCUGAUUGGAGCCGUUCUCGUCUUCGUCUUCAAAAAGCAGAUCAAAACGGAAAAUUUCUUAACGGAACUGAAGUCUAAAUAUAAAGGAGAAAAUAGCAAAGAUGUGUUUUCGAAAACAUGGGACACUAUCAUGAUAGCGUUUUCCUGCUGCGGGGUGACCGGGCCGGAUGAUUUCAUGAAUGUCACUGCCCUGAGAAAGUUGCCACCCUCCAAGCGGGUGCCUCUGACCUGCUGUAAGCGGAGUGACACGGGGAAGAUCUUGAACAAGAAGGAGUGUUUGCUGGGAAACCCCAAUUUCAGGAACGACCAGGGAUGCUACAGAGUGCUGGUGGGCCAUUUUAUGAAAUACAUUCACAUUAUUGGGAUCUGCACUCUAUCCGUGCUUCUAGUGGAGUUCUUUGCAAUGGGUUUUGCCAUUUGCCUGUAUUGGAAAUUUUAGAAGCGUAAAGGAUCAGUGAAAAUGUGCAAAGCCUCUAUCACGGUCGAACAAAGGAAAGAGGAGGAGACAACAAGUAAUAUUGUACGAUUUCAUGAGUGACUGCACAGCCUCGCACAUCCAUUUACCAAGUCUGAGGUCGGCAGAGUCUGGUUUGAGAUAAACGAACAAAUCCUUGGAAGACAACAGAAGAGGAUAAACAAAUCUUAAACCUUUUUUGACUUCCGUUCAAUACGUCACGUUUACAAACUCUGUCAUUGAGGAAAGUAACCUAUUCUCUUUCCUUUUAACAGCAUUUAUGCCCCUAACAAUGGUGAGGAGUUGGUUUCAGGGAUAGUUAUGACAAUAGCUCUGAUGAAUAUUUGUUGGAAAAUAUCGCAAUUCUGUUUGACUAUUUGUAAGAUCUUAGUUACUCCUAAACUUGAAAGUUUAAGGAGUAACUAAAGGGGGGGCUGGGAGGGAGCAAAAUAUCUUAUAAAUUCAUUCCAAAACACAAAGUCACUGUAAGCACUUUCGAGGCAUUUUAGUGUAAGACGUUGUGUCACACACAAGGGUUACCCAAACAAUUUGUUACAGAUUGCGAUGUGUUGACUUCACAUUUCUGUUACUGUUUAAAAGACAAGUUCUGUUCCUCUACAUUGAGUUUGGUCACAUUUGUGCUGAAGUAUAACUGUACAGUGUGUAUUAGCAAUGAACACUAACAUAGCUCCCUGAUGUCCGUGUAUGAUAUUGGACAAUUUGAAACCAUGUUGAUGUUUUACUGAUGUUGACGUUUCGAGUGCUAUAAAUCUCGUGACAGCAGCAAAAGUCCUUUUUGAAUGCCUUGUGCUACAGGUCUUCACUUAGCUUUGCAAUGCUGCAUUUGGAUAGAAUAAAUCUACAUUUUGACUUGUAGGUGUUCAUUUCAUGCUGUCAGUGAU